AUGCAGUCCAACGCCCCCACCACAGACUUUAUCUGCUCCAGCUUCCGAGCCAGGCUCACAGCGGCAAUGUUGUAUGAACUUCCAGUCUUCUUCGCUUACAGUGCAACCAACUCCUUCGCGUCGCUUUUGUACGGCAGGGAACCCGCUGCAGCGUCCUCCUCCUCACCUGACAUCGGCCCAACUUCAUGCACACGGGCAUUGUCGGUAAACUCAAAAAUGCAGCCGAGCCUUUUCUUUGUCCAUGUUUCCCUUUUCCUUGAAGACACCGGCGCGGUGAGGGGGGAACACCUGUUUUCCCGCGAUGUCUGCAGGGGUGGGGCCGCUCUGGACGCCUUCUCCUUUUCGCUCACGCUUCAGUGA